AUGAGUGUCGCGGCCACGGCGGAGCGUGUGCGUGUGUACUGCCGCAUACGACCGUACAUAGCCCAAGCCUGUCCCGAGGCCGACGACGAAAGCUCGACGUUCGUGACGGGAACGUCGGCUUCGUCCCGACGGCAUGUCUGUGUCACGCCCACGUCCGUGUCGACGCUCACGUUCCAGGACAACGACACGAAAGAGUUUGGGUUCGAUCGGUGUUUUGCAGACGAUUGUAGCCAAGAGGCAGUGUACGAAGCCGCAGCCAAGGACUUGGUGCUUAGUGUAUUGGAUGGGUACAACGCCACUAUCAUGGCGUACGGCCAAACGGGAUCUGGGAAAACCCACACGAUGGUGGGCACAUCGCUGGACGGAGGUCACGCCGACGCUGGGAUCAUUCCACGGUGUCUGCGCGACUUGUUUGAGCAGCGCAGACAGUCGCCGGUGGCCACAACAACAAAGGGCAUGCGACAAAAAGGGCUUGGGGCGCAACUGCGGGCGAGUUACGUGCAAGUGUACUGCGAACGCGUGUUCGAUUUGUUGCUCGACCCAACAAGCUCGUGUACAAACAGCCAGAACGCGCUGCAGAUCAGAGAAACGGACGACCGGGGGGUGUACAUUGACGGCGUGACGUUGCGACCCGUGUCCAGUGUCCAGGAAUGUGUGGCGCUGAUGGAGCAAGGCAACGCGAAUCGCACGGUGGCCACAACCGCCAUGAAUGCGCACUCGAGCCGCAGCCACGCCAUCUUGACCAUCCACGUCACGACGUCCGUGACGACUGAUGGAGGAGCCGAGGAUGGCUGUGACGUGUACCGCAGCCAACUCAACUUGGUCGACUUGGCAGGGUCCGAGCGCGUGAAGAAGUCGCUUGUCCGCGGUGUCCACGUGAACGAGUUGAAAGCCAUCAACUUGAGUUUAUCGGCUCUUGGCAAUUGCAUCUCAGCGUUGAGCAAACAGCAAAGCCACGUGCCGUAUCGAGACAGCAAAUUAACGAGAUUGCUGCAGUACAGCUUGGGCGGCAAUGCCAAGACUGCGCUGGUGCUGACUGUCAACCCGGACGCAUCGGAAGCGUCGGAAUGUCACGCCACGUUGCAGUUUGGUCAGCGCGCCAUGAAAGUGCAAGUGAUGGCAACUGUGAACGUCGUGCCAGACUACAAGCGCCUCGUGGAUGAGCUCCAAGCCAAGCUAGACGCCCAAGGCGACAGACUCAACGAAAUGGACAUGGAACUUCAAACGUCCAAACAAUGCCAAGCCGUCUUGCAGAAUCAACUGGAAGAAGCGCGACUGGAGACGUCACAGGUCAAGUUUGAACUGCAAGCCAUGGCGAAAUGCAAACACCCUCUCCCGGCAACUCCACCGAGCGACCAGCCCCACGGAUGUGGUGCCGACGACGACGAUCAACAAGGACAACCAGCUACUACUACGAUACAAGAGGAUACCACCCACGCCACCGCCAUGUUCGAAGCUAAAGUCCAGGAGCUCGUUCAAGAACAUCACCGCGAGUUAGCCCAGCUCAAGACACGGUACGACCAGCAACUGGUCACGCACAAGCAUGUGGCGAAUCGAGCAAAUCAGGAAUGGCACAACGUCGAGCACGAGCUGUCGGCGGAGCGAACGGCGCACCUGGCCACGAUCGCCGAAGUCCGAGACGCCAAGGAGAAGCUGUGGGCCACCGAACGACACACGACCGACCGCGUGGCCGAGCUGAGCCAGGACAAGAAGGACCUCGAGGUGCAAGUUGCGACGACGUUCAAGCUCGUGCGCGCGGCGGAGGCCUCGGAGAAGCUCCUCACGGACAAACUCCACGCGUUGGAAGCCGGCAAAGCCCAGCUCGAGGCGUCCAUAGAUACCAACUUUGUGUCGAGGGCACAGGUGGGCGAAAUGGAAUCGCUGUAUGCUGACGCGAUCGCCAAGCUGCAGCACCGCGUCGAGUCGCUCGAAACCAGCAAGAAGACGACGUCCGCCGCCGUCCCUGCGAGGCUACUGCCUCCCGUCAGAGACCAUCCGACGGCCAAGUGCGCCGUCGUGGUGGAUGGCUUGAUCCCGAAGAAGGCAGUGCCACGCAUAGGCCGCGUCGUGCCUGCCGGGCGGCGGUAG